CAAAUAAUACAUAAUUUUAUAUUAAUAUGAGUGGAAUGAAUUUUACUGAUAAAGUUGAAAAGGCUUUAAGUAGUGCUCAAGCCUUGGCUCGAGAAUUUGGAAAUUCUCAAAUCGCACCUGCACAUAUCGCUUGUGCAUUGCUGGAUGAAACUGAAGGAACACCUCUCUUUAAGUCUAUCCUUGAAAAGUCUGGCGCUGAAGCUACUACCGUCGAACGUGGAUAUAAAAAGAUGGUAGUGCAAUUACCUUCUCAAGAUCCUCCCCCACAAGAUAUCUCUAUUGGCUCUCAAACUUCCAAAUUAUUGCGUGCCGCCGAAAAGUACAUGAAGGACCAAAAAGACACUUUUAUCUCUAUCGAUCACAUUAUUUUGGCAUUAGCUGAUGAUGAUGCCACUUUUAAACCCAUGAAGGAUGCUGGUGUAACCAAGAAAGCUUUACAAGCCGCUGUAACCCAAGUUCGUGGUAAUCGUCGUGUUGACUCCAAGAAUGCCGAAGAGGUCUACGAAGCGCUUGCAAAGUAUGCUAUUGAUCUUACUCAAAUGGCUCAGUCUGGUAAGCUUGAUCCUGUUAUUGGUCGUGAUGACGAAAUUCGUCGUGUCAUUCGCGUUUUGGCUAGACGUACAAAGAAUAAUCCGGUUUUGAUUGGUGAGCCUGGUGUUGGUAAAACUGCUAUUGUUGAAGGUUUAGCUCGUCGUAUUAUCGAACGUGAUGUUCCUCAAUCAUUACAAUGUAAGCUCUUUUCUUUGGACAUGGGUGCUUUGAUUGCUGGUGCCAAAUAUCGUGGUGAAUUCGAAGAACGUCUUAAGGCUGUAUUGAAGGAAGUCAAGGAUUCAGAAGAAGGUGUGAUUUUAUUCAUUGAUGAAAUUCACACUGUGUUGGGUGCUGGUAAGAGUGAGGGUUCAAUGGAUGCUGCAAACUUACUGAAACCCAUGUUGGCUCGUGGUGAAUUACGUUGUAUUGGUGCUACUACCCUUACUGAAUACCGUGAAAUCGAAAAAGAUCCUGCCUUUGAGCGUCGUUUCCAAAAGGUGGAUGUUGGUGAGCCUUCUGUCCCUGCCACCAUUUCCAUUCUUCGUGGUCUCAAGGAACGUUAUGAGAAUUUCCAUGGUGUCAAGAUUACUGAUUCUGCUUUGGUUCAAGCGGCUCAACUCUCUGACCGUUAUAUCACUACUCGUUUCUUACCUGAUAAAGCCAUUGAUCUGAUUGAUGAGGCCGCUGCCAAUACUCGUGUUCAACUUGACUCUAAGCCUGAAGAAAUUGAUGUACUUGAACGAAAGCACUUCCAACUUGAAAUUGAGGCCAAGGCUUUAGGAAAGGAAAAGAACAAUAAGGAAUCUAACGAACGUCUCAACACUGUCAAGGAAGAAAUGGCCAGGAUUAAUGAAGAGUUGAAACCUUUGAAGCUCAAAUAUGAAUUAACCAAGGGUCGUUUGGAUGAAAUCCGUGAUUUGAAACAAAAAUUGGAUGAUCUCAAGUCUAAGGCUGUUGAAGCUAAGAACCGUUACGAUCUUGAUACUGCUGCUGAUAUUGAAUAUUAUGCUAUUCCCGAUGUUGAACAACGUAUUGCUGAACUUCAAGCCGAAAAGCUCCGUAAGGUAAAUGAAGAGUUAGCUAAUGAUCAAGGCACAGAUAAUACCAUUUUGUCUGAGGUUGUUCGCCCCGAACAAAUCAUGGAGGUUGUUUCUCGUUGGACCGGUAUUCCAGUACAAAACUUGGCAAGAUCUGAUCGUGAAAAGCUCUUGAACAUGGAAGCUGAAAUUACUAAACAUGUAGUUGGACAAGAAGCUGCUGUCAAGUCCGUUUGUAAUGCUAUUCGUCUCUCUAAGGCUGGUCUUCAAGAUCCUCGCAAACCUUUGGCUUCUUUCAUGUUCUUGGGUCCCACUGGUGUUGGUAAGACUUUACUCUGUAAAACUUUGGCCGAAUUCUUGUUCAAUGAUGAAAAGGCGAUGAUCCGUAUUGAUAUGAGUGAGUUGAUGGAACAACACAGUGUUGCUAAAUUGAUUGGUGCACCACCCGGUUAUGUUGGUCACGAAGAUGGUGGUCUCUUUGAAGCAAUUCGUCGUAAGCCUUACUCUGUCGUGUUGCUCGAUGAAUUAGAAAAGGCUCAUAAGGAUGUUGCAAAUGUCUUGCUUCAAGUGCUUGACGAAGGUUUUAUUCAUGAUUCCAAGGGUCGUAAGAUUGAUUUCCGUAAUACUAUUGUUGUAAUGACAUCUAAUUUGGGUGCUGGUCUUCUGGUUGAUCAAGUCAAGGGUGAUAUGAUCAUGUUAAAGGAAAAGAUCUUGGAAGUCGUACGUCAACACUUUAGUCCUGAAUUUACCAACCGUAUUGAUGAACUGGUUAUCUUCAAUCGUCUUACCCAAAACAACAUUACCGGUAUUGUUGAUGUUCGCCUCAAGGAAAUUGGUGAGCGUCUUGCAGAUCGUCGUAUCACAUUACAAGUCUCUACAGCAGCAAAGGAAUGGCUUGGUGUCCAUGGUUACGAACCUAUCUUUGGUGCUCGUCCAUUAAAUCGUCUUAUCCAACAACGUGUAUUGAAUCCUUUGGCUAGAUUAAUAAUCGAUGGUGGUGUUCGUAACGGUGAAAUUGCUCAUGUUGGACUUUCUGAAGAUGGUGAAAUUGAUGUUAUUCGUAACCAUGAAAGUGAAGCAGGAUAUGUUACUGAAGAACCAAUGGAGGAAGAUGAAGAUCAUGAUAUGGAUUAAACCCAAUUCAUUAACUAUGUAUAUAAACACCCUAUUGUAAAUAUCUUGCAUGUUAACCAAAAAAUAUAAUAAACAUUCAUAUCAAUCCUA